GACUAUUUAUACUAUUACUCAUACAAAAAAAGCAGAUAAAUCAAGAAAAUUUGUACAUUCUAUAAUUAAAUACAACUUUCAACUAUCUCUCAAUGUUACAUAUAAUUUCAUUUUAAAUACAGAAAAUAAUGUCAAGUACGAUAACCGGGAAGAAUCUGUUACGACCCACCGGAUUGCAAUCUAAAAAUCUUCAAGAAUAUUUAAAAUCACGACCUCCGGAAGUAUUGAAUAAACUCUAUCACAAUCCUCCAAUUUGUUUAGCUGUUUUUCGUGAAUUGCCCGUAAUAGCUAAGCAUUAUGUUAUGCGAUUAUUAUUUGUCGAACAACCAGUACCUCAAGCAGUCAUUGCGUCUUGGUGUUCUAAACUUUACUUUGAGGAACAUCAAAAGGUAGUGUUGAUAUUAAAUGAAUUAAAUGUGUGGAAGGAAGUUUCCAUACCAGGAGGAUUACCUGGGUGGAUUCUAAAUGCUACAUUUAAGAAAAACCUAAAAAUUGUUUUACUGGGAGGUGGUAAACCAUGGACCAUGUCAAACCAAAUGGAAACUGAUAGUAAACCAAGAGAUGUAGCAUUUUUAGAUUCAUAUGCAUUAGAAAGAUGGGAAUGUGUCUUGCAUUAUAUGGUUGGUUCACAACAACAAGAAGGUAUCUCCGCUGAUGCUGUCAGAAUACUUUUGCAUGCUGGAUUAAUGAAACGAGAUGAAGCUGAUGGAAGUCCAGUUAUCACACAAGCUGGAUUUCAAUUUUUGUUAUUAGAAACUGCAUCACAGGUGUGGUACUUUAUUUUACAAUAUCUAGACACAAUAGAAGCAAGAGGUCUCGAUUUAGUUGAAUGCCUUACAUUUCUCUUUCAAUUAAAUUUUUCAACACUUGGUAAGGAUUAUAGUACAGAAGGAAUGUCUGAGGGUUUACUAACAUUUUUACAACAUUUACGCGAAUUUGGCCUAGUUUAUCAAAGGAAACGAAAAGCCGGAAGAUUUUAUCCUACUCGAUUAGCAUUAAAUAUUGCUACCGGACAAAACAAACCAUUAUCUAGAGAUCCAGAAAAAGAAGGAUACAUUGUUGUUGAAACGAAUUACAGAGUAUAUGCUUAUACAAAUUCAAAUUUACAAGUUGCCUUACUUGGUCUGUUUUGUGAAAUGUUGUACAGGUUUCCAAAUUUGGUCGUAUCAAUAUUAACAAGAGAUUCUGUUCGUCAAGCCCUAAAAAGUGGUAUCACUGCAACUCAAAUUGUAGGUUAUUUGCAGCAACAUGCUCACAGUAAAAUGAUAGAGGCAGGUCCUCCAGUUUUACCCCCUACAAUUGUAGAUCAAAUUAAAUUGUGGGAAAAUGAAAGGAACAGGUUUAUAUUUAGCGAAGGCGUUUUGUAUAGUCAAUUUCUUUCUCAGACCGAUUUUGAAGUACUUAGAGAUCAUGCCCUUUCUACCGGAGUAUUAAUUUGGCAAAGUGAAAGAAAAAGAACCAUGGUAGUUACAAAGGCAGGACAUGACGAUGUGAAAAAAUUUUGGAAACGGUAUUCUAAAGGUUCCAGUUAGUCAAACAAAAUUCUAAGAUUAUGUGCCAGAAUACGAGAAAACUUUCAUCUUUAGUUAUACUGUAUUUUUUUAACUUUAGUACUUGUAAUAUAAGUGAUUUAUUAAAUAUGUACACCAAAAAAUCGUCUACACAUUGUAUAAUCAAAUUAUCAUGAAUUAAAACGGAACAAUAUGAAAAAGGAAAUUUCAAUUGUCUAGAAUAAGACAUGAUGUGCAUAAAUAUAGAAUCGGUAACAUUAAUAUAUUUUUAACAAAUUUAGGUGAAUUGAUAAAUGAAUGAGUGUUUUAAAGAGGUA